UUUCGAAUAUUCAAAAGCGACUGAAGAAUAAUGAAAAAUUUGACGAUUUAAAAAGGGUGAAAUUUGCGUGGAAAAAAAAUAUAUUAAUCAUAAAAAUAUAUUUUAUUUAUUUUAUUCUCCGCCCAAAAAAUUCUUUUCAAUUUCUUUCCAAACAUUUUCUUUCUGUUGGAAACAAUAACAACUACAGGGCAAGAAUCUACUCAAACAACUGUAGAGUAUGCUGAGAAUUCUAGUUUGGCAGAAAUAACUGUUACAGUAAAUAUAUUUAGUAUUUAUUUUAAAACUUUAAAAAUAACAGCAAGAAGAAAGUCCAAAUAAUAAAUCUUUUCAAAAAAAUGAAGAGCAAAUCCAGGCUGAGGAAAAUAAUAAUAUUCCAAAAAGGGAUGUUUACCUUGAGGAAAAUGAAUGUAUGGUUGUACCAGAGGGAGAAGCAAAUUUUAAAGCUUCAAACAAUGGUAAAUCAAUCUACGCAGUGAAUGGAAAGAUUAUUGUUAAUGAGGGAAUAACUGAUGAAUUUGGAAUUAAAAAUUUGGAAAAUUUGGCUGAAGUAAAGUGUGGUGUUAACAAUUAUGAGCAAUUUUCUUAUUGUGCCAAAGUUAAAUUUUUUAAUUCUGAUGAGAAGAAAACUUUCAAUAAAGAAUUGUUUAAACCAAACAAUCCAACGAAUAUUAAUGAAUAUCUCAAGAAUUAUAUGCAAGGUAAUGUUUAA